AUGCCUCUCAACCCACUAGCAAACAUAUUCCAGCCCCCUCCGACCUUCGACCCCUCUCCUCCGCCGACAACGCCAGCAACGCUUGAAAGAAUGUCGCCCCAACACUGGCGCGCCCAACGCUGUGAACGCCUCCGCCAGGCGGGAAUACAUUUGUCUCUUGUCCCGCGUGCCUCCACCUCUGGGAGCAACGGGGAUGACGACAAGCCCGAGGAGGAGCACGACGGAGAGAAGGAGGAAGAAGAACACGUCAUCGUGCCUGUAGAAUUCAGCACGCUGCCCCUCGCCACUCGCACCCAGCAUAGUUACUUCCUCGCUGCGCGCGAGCAGCUUUCGCGCUAUAUCCGCGCACACAUCUCAUCUCCGUCCGAGACUGUUGCGGUGCCUCGACUGUCGUCUCGUAUGGGGUGGUAUAUGGGGCUCGAGUCUGAUUCUGGGUCUGUAGAUGAGUCUGAGGAUGAGGCUGAGGCUGAGUAUGAGUAUGAGUAUGAGUAUGAGUUUAAGUCUGAGCUUGAGUCUGAUUUAGGGUGGAAGCAGUUGGCGUCGUCGUCUGAGGGGCCCGCCGUUGAGGGAAAAUUGUCUAAGAGGGGAUCGUCUGAGGGAGAGGACGACAAGGUAGAGUCCCUAGGCAACGGCCAUGGUUCGGUAACUAGAUCCCAGUCCAUUGAUGAAAGCGGGUAUGAUGCCGAUAUUAACUCCCUUAGUAGCAGUGACAUCGAUGAGAGUUUCUGGAGCUGCAGUGAUAGCGACGACGACGAGCCCGGCGACAAGAAAGAACAGGGCUACGACGCCUUCGAGGACUUCACAGCGAGGAUCGAGUUCGUGCUGAAUCUGAGUGCCGACCCCGUGUAUCUGGCCGAGGAUGAGCUGGCACUCGAGCCGGUUGAGGUCCUGCGGAGGUUGCGUGCGUAUGUCGAUCGGAUUAUCGACGUGAUUGAGACGUCGGGCUCAAAGGGCGUCCCGCUUCCGUAUUCGGCUGCGCCGGCGUUGGUGGCGGCGCGGAUUGUGAAGGGGGCACAGUUCUUAGAGGACGAUGUGGAUGGUGAUGAUGAUGAUGAGGAUGCCGAGUGGACGGACGAGGACGACGAGCGAUCGUACGGUGAGUCCGAGGAAUACUACUCUUCUGCUCAAGUUAUGCUUAUGGACCUUGACCCUGAUAGCGCGGAUGAGAACAGCGGUGAUGAGGACGCGGACAAUGAUCCCCAGAUUUACAGGGAGGACGACGUCGUGCCGCUGGAUGAGGAGUUUGCGGGCCCCGUGCAGGCGCACAGGGACGUUGAGUCCGACCCUGCGUUCAAGUUCUGGAUGGGUUGGGCAUAA